UCACCACGUUACAAGCACUAUGGCAGCCCCCAUGAGCAGUGUGGGUAAACCGUCGGCUGAACGUCCACCGUUCAAUACUACGAGUUUUCAGAAGAAAACGAGGAGCAAGUUAAUUUCCAUACCUGGUACCAGACCCUCGGUUCAAAAUGGACAACUGUUAGUUUCGACCGGUGUCACGUCACUCGACUAUCUGCUCGGUGGCGGGUUAGCAGUUGGAACAGUACUUCUCAUAGAGGAGGACCGAUAUGAUAGCUACUCUCGUAUGAUCUUGAAGUACUUCUUGGCAGAAGGGGUGGUGUGUCGACAUGAACUGUUUGUGGCGGCAGCUCAAGAUAACCCAGAUGACAUCUUACAGGAACUCCCGGCUCCCAUCUUGGACGAUGUUGCUAUCCACAAACCAGUGGAGCAGCCCAGGCUGUCAUGUGAACCUCAAGACAGUUUGGAUGCCAUGAAGAUUGCCUGGCGCUAUCAGAAUCUUCCAAAAGUACAGACUGCCCUGGCAUCCUCAUCCCGGUUCGGACACUAUUAUGACGUCUCCAAGACGAUGGAGCCAGAAAUUCGCCAGGCAGCCAAGUGCCACCGCUUCUACCUUCCAGAACAUCCCACCCAGUCAUCACCCACACACAGUACCAUGCUCAAGUCCUACUCUGCGUUGCUGAAGUCACUUCAAGAGGUCAUAAAGAGAGAGGGCUUUGAAGUAGCAGCCCCCAUGUCAAAGUCACGUAACAUCCUGCGAAUUGGGCUCCACUCUCUUGGCUCAGCUCUGUGGGGUGAUGACCUGUGUUGCCGUGACAACCCUAGAAAUGGCCACGCCCUCACUACCUUUCUCUAUGGACUGCGUGCUUUACUGAGGUCAUCGCUGUCAGUCGCAGUAGUUACUGUGCCUUCACAUCUCAUCCAGGACAGAGCUCUAAUGGGCAGCAUAACCAGGCUAUGUGACAAUGCCAUAGCCCUGGAAUCAUUCAAAGGCUCUGAGAGAGAGACCAACCCACUCUACAAAGAUUACCAUGGUCUGCUACAUGUACGCCAAGUACCUCACCUAAACUGUCUGGCGAGUAAACUCCCUGACCACAAGGACCUGGCCUUCAAGCUAAAGAGAAAACAGUUCAGUAUUGAGAGACUUCAUUUGCCUCCAGACUUGUCUGAGACGGUGAGUCGUGUGAGCAGGGGGGAGCUGGCAGGAGCGACUGCGGUGGCUUCAGCCUGUGGCUCUGGCACUUCCGGCAACAAACACCUGGACUUCUAGAGCUCCCACACAGUCGCCACGGGCAGCCAACACCUGGAAUGCCGCGGCGUUGCCCUCUUUACCGUGGUGACCAGGUUGUUCCCUCUCCCACAUAAUGUCAACCUCAAUAACCCUGCCAGCCAUUACCACCUGCCAACUGUCCCAGCCAGGGGUGAAGAUCUAAACAUCCACAGUACCUCGUCUCUUAACGGACAAAUUUCAUCCUAUAUUUCAAGUCAGUUUUUACCCACAGUACGCUCUCUUUUUCCCCACUGUAAGUUGCAAAGAAAUGUUAUAUGAAGGUAAACGAUUGGCACUUAACCCAAUUAAAAUCCAAGAUGGAGGGGUUACGUAAAAUUUGGUACAUUUUGUUUGUUUUUUGUUGUUCUUUAUCUCUGAGGAUUUUGAUUACAAGCAAAGUGUAAUCAUAAAAUAUUUUUAGUCUUCACACACUCUUUCUUAUGGCAAACAUAAAAUAAUUUAACUGCAUUCUCCCAAGCUCUGAGCGUACUGUACAAACACAAGUGGCCACUCCUGACUAGUUUACCAUGUACAAUAGUGGUUUAUUUUCUUGGUUAUUGCAAUGAAAUGGUUUUUUUUUGUUCAGAGAAAUAAAAGAAAAUAAACCCACAGUACACAAAA